AUGCUCAAUCUAUUUCUAUUACUUACAUUAGCGUUAGGAUUUACCCCUGACCGAAUACCCGCAACAAAUCCUCCUCCAGAUGCUCGUGCACAUUCUCUGAUGGCCAAUUUUCCAGGUCUUAAUCUUAUUAUGAUUUUUGGAGGCUAUUCAGACCCAACUAAUUCAAUUUAUAGUGAUAUAUGGGCUUUCGAUUUAUUAGCGGAAACCUGAGAAAGGCUUGUUCCUUCAGAUGGAAAUUCACCAGGUAACUUCUAA